AUGUACUUUGAUCCUACAAAUAUACUUGAAGUAAAUAUAACUGGAGUAAAAAAAAUAGAAAAGGAAAAAUAUAAACUUUUGGGAAAUAGACUAAGAAAAAUAAAUAAGAAUGAAAUAUAUUUAGAAAAACAAAUAAAAAAUACUCUCCCAAAAAAAUUAUUAAAUAUGAAAACAGCAUUUAUAAGGUCCUCUAAUCAUUCUUUAUAUGAUUCAUAUAUAUUUUCUAAUUUUCUUUUUGAAAGAAAAAGUAGAGAAAAUAAAGCAAAGUAUUUUUUUAAAAAAAUAAAAAAUAUAAAUGAAACAGAAGAAAGUUGUACUAACAUAACAAAUAUUAACGAAAAAAAUAAAAAAAUUUCUGAUAAAAAAUCUAUUAAUGAAAAGGAAAAAAUUAAUAUAAAUACUAGCCUAACAAAAGAUAACUUUUUAUAUAAGAAUAAAUGUUUAAAUCCUUUAAAUAAUGAAUUACAUGAAGUUAAAGCACACUCUUCAUUCAAUUUAAAUCAAAAAGAAAUUAAAAUAAUUUUUGAAAGCACAAGUAAAUCUGAUGAUUCUUUAAAUAGAAAAAAUAACAACGUUAGAUUUAAAAGAAAUAUUAAGAAAAAAAAAAAUGUAUUUGAAAGCUUAUUAACGGUAAAGAAAUAUAUGGAAAAUGGAAAAUUAAAGAUUUAUAAAAAUAUCAGUAAAAAAAAGUCCUUAAAAAAAAAAAUAAAUAAAUAUUUCUUAUAUAAUGGAAUUAUUUUUUGUAAUUUAUCAGAUAAAGUAAAAUCAAUGAAGAAUAUUAUUCAUCCUAUAAAGCCUUACGAAAAUAUUUCUGAAGAGUCGGAAAAAAAUAAAAAAAAUUCAGGAAUAAAAUAUGUUUAUAUAAUCAAUGAAAAAAAUAUAAAUGAAAAAAAAAAGGUGAAUCAUAUAAAUAUGGAUUACAAUUUAAAAAAAAUUGUUGACGGUUUAACGUUUAAAAAAGGAUGCAACAAAAGCGAAUUUGGAUAUAUAAACUCAUUUUUGAACAAAUGUUACUUAAAAAAAAAUAAGAUUUCACCGAUUAAUUUAAUUAAUUUUAAGUUUAAUAAAAAAAAAAAAAAAAAAAAAAAAAAUAAAUUAACAGUAAAUGAAAAAUUUUCUGAUAUAAAUAAAGAAUAUGUAUUCAAUUAUAAUUUCAAUGAAACAAGUUAUUUAAUUAUACGUAAGGAUAAUAUAAAGAAAUAUAACUUUGAAAUUAAAAAUAGUGUAUACUUUAAUAGAAAAAUAGACAGUUAUUUAGACAAACAUACUGGUAAAAAUAAUAGUAUAACAGAAGAGAAAAAAGAAAUAAAAAGUAAAAAAAAAUUUUUUUUUUUAAUUUCUCCGAUGGAAAUAAAGAGGGAAAAAAAAAAUGCUAAUGGUGUAUAUUUCAUUUAUGAUUUAGUAAAAAAAUUUAAAAAAAAAAAGACAGAUUCAUAUUUUGAAAAUUCUUGUAAUUUUUCACCUAAAAUAAAAAAAGAUGAAACUUGUUCAUUAGCAAAUACGCACAUUUCACCAAUGUUUUUUGAUAAAAAUUUUUACAAAAGUUUGUCAAUUGAAGGUAAUCUUAAAAAUAAAAAAGAAUGUGACUCUACAAUACCAUUAAUAAGGGAACUUAACUUAUCAAAAAAAUUUGGGGAUUUUAAUAUAAUAAAAAGGAAAAAAAAAGAAGCAAACAUUAUUGAAAAAAAUAAACAAAAUUUAAAUGAAAAAAAUAUAUAUGAAGAAAAUUUAAAUGAAGAAAAUAUAUAUGAAGAAAAUAUUCAUAUUAAAAAAAGAAGCAAAGGAAUGCAAAGAAAAAAAAAAAAUGGAGGAUUUCUAUUAAAUAAUAAUGAAAAUAAUUUAUUUGUUAAUGAAUUAAAUAAUAAAAAAAAAUUAGUCGCAAAUAGCCUAAAAAAAAAUGAUAAUUCAAUUUAUAAAAUAUUUCAAUUUGAUUCCAUAAAAGAAUCUUGUGAAAAUAAUUUUAAUAACUCUUAUAAAAAUACAUUAGGAGAAAGUGAAUAUGAUAAAAUAAAUGCAAAUUAUACCAAUAAAAAUGAUUUAAAAAAUGUUAAUAUAAUUAGGAAUCCAAGUUGUAAAUUUAUAGAAUUAUGUUAUCAUGAACAAAUGAAGCCUUUAUCUCUAAAUAAGUAUUUUAAAGAAAAUUUAAAAAAAAAUAUGCAAACUAAUCCUACCGAAAAUAACAAUAUUCAAUCAAAAAAUGAAUCUCCAAGUAAAGAUUUCAAUGAAAAAAGAAACAAAUACAAAAAAUACGCAAACAAUCAAAAUGAUGUAAAUAUUAACGAUAGUAGAUUCAUUUCAUAUAAAGAACAUAAUAAUAAUUCUUUUUUUGAUGAUAAAUUUUAUCAUGAUAUAUCUUUAAAUGAGAUUCACAAGGAAAAAUUUAACAAAAAUACGUUAAAAAAUAAAAUGUUUGUUGAUAAUAAAUGGAUAAAAAAAAAAGUAAAAAAUCAAAUAAUGAAGAAAACAAUAGAUGAUAACUCCCUGAUGAAUAAUGAUAAAAAUAUCACAAAAGAAGAAUUAAUAAAUAUAAAAAGUCCUACUAUCAAAUUCAUAAAAUUAAAUAGAAGAAAUAAUAAAAAAGAAAAUAAUUUUUUAACAGAUAUAUAUAAUUUAAAUUAUUUAAACAAAAACAAAAAUGAAAAAAGAGAAGACGAAUUUAUAGAUUGGAAUUUCAUAGAAAAUAAAAAGGGAAAAAAUGAUAAUAAUUUCUUAAAUUAUAGCAAUGAUGAUAAAAAAAAAAUUAUUUAUAAUAGAAUUUAUAAAAACUAUUUGAAAAAUAAAAAUAAGAAUACUAGUGAAUUUAUAAAGAAAAAUAGUUUUUACUCAAAACAAUCAGUAAUAGAUAAAUUUCUGUAUUUUAAAAAAGACAUUGAAAAUAAAAAGGCUUAUCCAGAUUAUAAGGAAGAAAAAAUUUCUGAAGAUUACUUACCUAAAGAAAAACAUGAAUGUAUAAAUUCAAUACGGGAUAUUUAUCGUCUUAAUGAAAUAAAAAUAAAAAAAAAAAUAAAGAAUUUAAAAAAAAAUAGAAUAGUAAAAUUGUUUGUUGAUAAUGAUAAUGUUUAUGUAAAGAAUUUUAAAAUAUAUACAAAUAAAGAAAGAUAUAAAAAUGUUCUAUCAAAUGUAAGUAAUGUAAAAAUAGCACAGAGAGAAAUUUUAAGCUUACCUCAAGAUCCAGUACAUUUAGAAGAGCUAGAAAAUUAUAAAUGCAGACUAAAUAGAAGUAUUGAGAUACCAGCAUUAAAAGUAGAAAGUGAAGAUAUAAACCUUUUUAAAUAUAAAAAUACCUGGUAUGAAUUAUUUUUUUAUAAUAAUCAUAAUAACAAAGAAACCCUUUAUAAUUAUUUAAUAAUGCGUUUAAAUUUCGAAUUAAUGAUUAAGCAAAUAAAGGAUAUAGUAAUAAUUGAUAAAAAUACUGAACAUUUUAAUUAUCCUUAUAUAUACAACGCCUAUUUAAUACCACCUAUAAAUGUGCACGAAGUAGAAAAUUCAUUAAGAAUACAAAAAAUAACAAGUGAUGAUUCUUUUAUAAAUAAGGGUUCAUGGAAUUUUUUAAAAAUAAAAAAUGAAUCUAAUUCUCUUAUAAAAACAGGGCCAAAAAACGAUUAUAUAGAAACACAUAAUUCUUUUAUAUAUACGAAGAAAAAUUUAUACAUUCCUUUAAAAAAAGUUCAUGUUAAUAACAAGGAUGUUAAAAUUCACACUUCAAUAAAUAAUACAAUCAAUCAAAGUAAUAACAAUUUAAAAAAUAUAAUAAAUGAUGAUGAAACAGAAAAAAAAAAAGGGAAUGAUAGUUCUUUUUUAGAAAAUAAUAUAAGAGGAAAAAAAGAAUUAGAAAUAAGAAAAGAAAUAAAAAGAAACAUAAAAAAAAAUAAUCAAAAUAAUAUUUGUUAUAAUGAGAAAGGUAGAAAUAUGAAUAACAAUAUGUUAUUAGAUAAUAUAAAUCAGAAAGUUUCUUUUCUUGAUAGUUUAUUGUAUAAUGCCCCAUAUAUAUAUAUGACAUUUUCUAAUAGUAAAAUUGAACCUGUUUUUCCAUAUAUUUAUGAAAAUGUAUUUUUUCUUUUUGAGUAUUAUUAUAAUUACUUAAAUAAUUCGAUUAAUUAUUUAAAAGUAAAUAACUUAAAAAAUAAUAUUUUAAUACAAAAUAGAAAUGAAAAUAAAGAUAUCAGUGAAAUAGAUAACAAAAUGAUGAUAAAUAGUUCAAGAGAAAAUAUAAAAGAAGACAAAAUAAAAGAAUUUGUAAAUAUAAAAAAUAGUUCUAUAAGAAAAAAUUUAUGCAACCAUAAAUUAAAUAAAAUUUCAGAUAAUAAAGAAAAUCAUUAUCCUAUAAAUAUAACAAACUCUGUAGACAUAAAUAAUUUUAAAAUAAGAAAUUUUAUUAACUCAAAAUUAUAUGAUUCUAUAUUUAAUAAGAUUAGAGAUAGAAACAGUAAAAAAAUAAAAAAAAAUUUAAAUAAGGAAGAUGUUGAAAUACCUAUAUAUCUUUGGCUUGUUUUCGGUGGCAAAGAUAUGAAGUCAAUGGAUUCAUUAAAUAUUGUUUAUAAAAUUUUAAGAUACGCAACAGAAAUACCACCAGUAGAAUAUGAAAAAUAUAUAAGGAAAUUGAAAAGAGUUAAGAUAAAAAAAAAUUAUAAUUCUAAUUCAAAUGAUAAUUUAGGUACAAAUAAAAAAUUUGGUUUAAACAAAAAGAUAGAUAUUAAAAAAAAUGUUCAUGUAAAAACAGAAAAAAUUCAUGAAAAUAUAUUUCAGAAGUGUAAUUUUCUAGAUAGUAACUUAAAUAUAUCUAAUAAUAAGGAAGGUUUAUAUAAUUAUACAAAAAAAAAAAAUUUAUCUCAUAGAAAAGAACUUCCAGAAUUACCUAAGAAAAUAUUUUGUGAUAAAAAUUUAUAUGAUACUACUCUAGAUAUAUACAAUCGAAUAGUUGCUUAUUAUAACGAAUACAAUAAUGAUUAUAUAACAUAUGGUCCAAACAAUAAUAGAGAAUUCUUGGAUUUUUAUUAUGAAAAAAAAAAGGAAAAAAAAAUAAGAAAAAAAAAAAAAGAAAGAAAAAAACUAAAAGAAAAAUUAAAGGAAGAAGAUGAAAAAGAGAAAGAGAAAGAGAAAGAGAAAGAAAAGGGAAAAGAAAAAAAAAAAUAUAUAUAUAUAGACAAAAAUAGGAAAUACUUUAAAUCUUCGGAAAUAAGCUAUAGUACCAGUAAUAAAGAAAAUUUAUUUCGUGAAUAUUUUAAAAAAAAUAAAAAUAUUCAGAGUGCUAAUGUUAUUUCACUGAAUGAAUGCCUUGAUAAUUUAAAGAAUUUAUCAUGUGAAAAAAUUGAAUUAGGAGAAGAUGAGGAAGAAUCUUAUGAUUUUUUUUUAGAAGAAAGUAACGAAUCUAGUGAUUUAAGUGAAGAUGACGAAUUAUUCAAUUUUAUCUCCUAUCAUAUGCAAGGUAGAAAUCCUUCUUUUGAAAAAAGAAAAAAAAAUUUCAGAAAUGAUAGAUUAAAUUACACUGAUAUAUAUGGCCCACUUAUAUAUAAAAACAAAAACAAAACAAAAAAAGUAAAAUAUUCCUUUUUAUUAUUAGAUUAUCCAGCAUACAAUAAUAGUAUAGGACAUCCUUCUCCUUUAACAUUUAAAACAAGUGCAUUAACUGCGUUAAAAGAAGCUUUAAAAGAAAUUAGAAAGACUAACAAAAAUAAAAGUAUAUCUAUUAAUUUAUUUGGUUAUUCGUUAGGUUGUAGUGUAAGUUUACAACUGUUACUAGAUAUAGCAAAAAGUUUAUACAAUGAUUUUUUUGAAGAUAUUAAUAAAAUCGCUUUUGACAAAAGGGAGUCUCAACCAAUUAGAGAAAUAAAAAAUGAAGAUAAUUUAUUUAUAAAAUUAAAUCAUAAUAACCAAAAAAUUAACGAGUAUGUGUAUGAUGAAAAAAAAAUACUUACUUUUCAAGAUAUUUUUUUAGAUAAAAUAAAUUCUUCAAAUAAAAAUAAAGAUGAAGAAUCCAUUAAAAAAAAAAAUAAUGAGAAGAAUAAAAAAGUAAAAUUAGGAAAUACAUGUAAAGAAAAAAUUUUAGAUAAUAUAUUAUAUAUUAGAAACAGUGAUGAAUGGUUUGAUAUAAAUAAUAAUUUAUCAUUUCAUAAUAGUGAGAACAGUUAUAUUCGUAAGAGUUACAAUAACUAUUAUGACAAACUAGAAACAGAAAUAAAAAAUCAUUUCAAUAAUAAGAAUUCUAUUAGAAUGAUCACAAUUAAUGAAAUAUUAAGCAACGAAAAAAGUAAAAAAAAAGUAAAAAAAAAUAUUUUGAAAAAUGAGCUGAAAAUAAGUAUUAAUAAAGUUGUAUUAGUUGCACCAUUUACUAAUACACAGAAAUUAGUAAAAAGUGUUUUAAAAAAUAGUAUUUUUUAUUUAUUAAGCCCAUUUGUUAUGAACAAAAAAUGCUCAUAUGUUCAUUGGGACAAUAUGAUAGCAUUAAAAGAAUUUUUUAAAAUAAUUAGUGACUUUAAGAAAAAUAAAUAUUUAACUAAAAUUUUCCAAAAUUUAACAAUCGAUUUUAUACAUGGUAAAAAAGACACAUUAGUUAAUUAUGAAAUGAGUUUGAAACUAUAUAAACUAACAAAUGAAAUGAUCUUAAAAUAUUCAUUAAAUAAUAUAAAGUGCUUUUUACAUAUAUUUGAAAACGAGUAUCAUUCAUCUAUUUUAAAUUCUGAUUCAGAAAAUAGAAUUUUACAAAUUAUUUUUAAACCACUUAGACUACACCCAUUUAGUACAAUUAAUAUUCAUAAAUUUCAUUUUAAUCUUUAUAAAGAUAUAUAUUUGUUAAAGACUGUUUAUUUACAAUAUAUUGCAAAUGCUUGUUCAAAAAAAAUUAAUAUGUAA